AAUGCUCUCAUGGAUUUUUGCAACAAUAAGGACUUUUACAAUUGCUGUAGUUGUGCAACUUGCAUUUUUUCUGAGUUGAUAAAAAUUGGUGAGUGUAUCCUGAGCUCGUGGUGCACGGACGACGUCAAAGCUCUAUUAAUUACUUUGAUGAAUAAUCCUUAUUUGAAUCAGUUACGAGAUGAUAUUUGUAAACUUGUGGAGUUAAACAAAUCAAAAGACAUUCUUUACUCUAAAAUGAGGUUAUAUGGUUGUAUGGAUUGGAAUCUUGCUAGUGACAAACGGAAGCUUCUUUCACCUAAACAAAUGGAUGAAGUUGAGACCCGAGUUAUAAACUACUUAUCAUGUUUACCUCUAGUUUAUCAAAAGCUUUUUAUUCUCUAUGUUUUGGUUGGUAGCAGUCCGUCUAUGACAAGUUCCAUCAGCUCUGAACUUCAUAAAAGUUCACUACAAAAAGGUAAUUUUAAGACUCGAGAAUAUGAAUCUUCGAUACAACUGCCAUGGAAUAUCAGCUCAAAAAUUAAGUCAUUUGUUAACAAUCAAGAAAAAAAGGUUGCACGUAAGACAAAAGGUAGUUCUUCGACUGAACGUCAAUGUACGUCAUCACUGUUUCGAGUUGAUCCACACUUUAUGAGAUACACAUUAGUACCAGUGCCUGCAUGCCCAAUUCAGUUGAGAAGUAAAAUUUCAGGUGAACCAAAAUCUGGGUUAUUUGGGGAACCACCGGUAGUUACAGGUAGCAAUGAUAAUACAUGUACUCAAGGGACAAAAAUGCAUUUUGAUUCAUCUGAUGAUUGGAAUGAUUUAAUACGAAAAUCAUGGGAUUCAAUAUCGUAUGAAAUAAAACAAGCAUAUAAUAAGAUAAAAAUACGAUAUGCUUUGAUGUUUGAAAGAAAUAUCUACUGUGGACCAUUUAGCAUUUAUGUAUUAUUAGAAAGGCAACCAAAUCAACCAUUAUGCAAACGACGUGUAAUACAUGUAGAUAAUAGAAGUCAUUGGUUAGCUCAUUGUGAAGGACGAUCUCAACAACGUACAAUUAAAUUUAUAGAUAUUACUAUGAAGUCAUUUUGUGAAAAAUCCUCAUCUAAUUGUAUUCAUAAAAAAAAUUGUAAUAUUAAUCAAUCGGAUAGUAUUGCUGAAUUUAUGGCACAUUUAAAUCGUGUAUGGUUAAUUGGACAUGCUGGAAGUGUGAAAACAUUAUGGUUAGAUAUUAAACUUCAAAUUUUAUUAUCAGGUAGUUAUGAUACAAGUAUUCGUUUAUGGAAUCUAUCUGAUAGUAAUAAUAAUAAUAAUAAUCAACAUUGUUUAAAUCAACAAAGCAAUCUAAUAAAUCCUAUAAGUUUUAGAAAUAGUCGAUCAAAAUGUAUUAGAAUAUAUCAUGGUCAUACAGAUACUAUACUUUGUAUUUGGUUAGAUCAAACUAAAUUAUGGUCAAAAUAUAAUAGAACAUCUGAAAAACGAUCAUAUUCAUCUUAUCAUUCAAAUAAUAGACGUAAUAAUAAUAAUAAUAAUAAUCUAAGUGAUGAUGUUAAAAAAGAAGGAUUUCAAGGUACAUAUCAAUUUGCAAGUGGUUCCGUUGAUCGUACAUGUUGUAUUUGGAGAUUAGAUGAACAAAAACCAUUGUGGACUAUGAAACAUUCAACUCCAAUUACAUCAGUAGGCUUAAGAGGAUACAUUUGUACAACUGGUGAACAUAGUGGACGGAUAAAUGUAUGGAGAAUCGGCAAUAAAAAGCCCGUUUUAAUAAAGGCAUUAACUGGUCAUACUGAUGUUAUUACAGCAUUACGGUUUGACAAUUAUCAUUUAGUCACAUCGUCCAAGGAUAAAUCUGUAAAAAUUUGGUCUAUAAUUGGAGAAUUCUCCGACUGUAUAGGUACAUUAGUGCAUACUGGUGAAGUGUUAUGUGUUGAAUUGAUUGAUUUGAGAAUUAUAACUGGUUGUUCAGAUGGUCGUAUACGUGUAUGGAAUUUAUUAACUCAACACUGUCAAAGAAUAUUACCGGGAAAUUAUCGUCAUGAUCCAAUUAUAAGUAUUAUGCCAUUGGAAAAUCGCUUAAUUGUUAAUACACAACACAAUAUAUUAGCUUUAAAUUUUGAUACUGUAAAAUGGGAAUAUCAUGAAUCCGUUGAAGAUAAAGCAGAAGAAUUUUGGCUUAAAUCAAUUAAGAAUAAAUCAAAUCAACAGAAUAACAAUUCAUUACAUUCAAAGCCUAGUUAUGCUGAAUCAAGAUAUAUUAGAUCAUGUUUAAUUAAUUCAGCAGAUCCAAGAUUUUUUAAGCGAUCAAAUACGAUAGGUGUAAGGCAUAAAUCAGCUUGUCGAUCAUUAAGUGAACAUUCAAAGUCAAAUAGAAUGAAUAGAAUAUCAUCAGCAUCAUCGAUUCAAUCAAAUUCUGUUAGAUCCAAUGAUUUAUUACGAAAUAAUAAAAAGAAAUCUUAUGAAUUUGAAUUUUUAAUAUCACCACCAAUACCGGGGACAUAUGCGGUGAAGCAUAGUAUUAUAAAACGUCCUAAAUCAGCAUUUGCAGUUACUAAAGAAUUAAAACAAAAAGAACAUGAACAAUUAUUAUGUAAUCAUAAUAAUAAUUUAUUGAAUCAUUCAAUUCAACAAAAUAUUUCAACUGGAGAACAUCAUACAAAACAAGUAAAGAUAACCAAUAACAACAACAACAACAAUACUACUGCCACUACUACUACUACUACCACUACUACUACUACUACUACUACUACUACUACUACUACUACUACUAAUAAUAAUAAUAAUAAUAAUAAUAAUAAUAAUAAUAGUAAUCUUAUUGAUUAUUCAAAGUUAUUAACCAAUCAAUAUUUCUAUCAAUCAUCUUAUCAUAUAAAUCAAUUUAAAUAUUAUUUAUUAAAACAAAUUCAUUAUUUAAAAAAAAAUCAAUUUAAUAAUGAUAAUAAUAAUAAUAAAAGAAAUUUUCAAUCAAUAAAAGAUACAUAUAUUGAUCUUGAUUUAAAAUAUCAAAAUAAUAUAACAACUAAUGAUAAUCAAAUCGAUUCAUUCGAUAUAUUGAUCAAUGAUCAUUUUAAUGAAUCAUAUAAAACUAUGAUAAAAAUGCCUAGAUUACGAUCGAAUUCAGUUCCUUCAAUAAAUAGAAAGUAUAUUUCAAACAAUCAAUUACUAUCAGAUUUUUCUAAUUUUAAUAUACAAUUAAAAAAUAAUUGGAAACAAGAUCAUAAUGAACAAUGUAUUAAUUUAAAUUCUAUUCAAUUACCAAAUGUUAUUGUAAAUUAUGAAACGAUUAAUUUAAAGAAGAAAUAAUCUAUGGAAGAGAAUCUUUCCUGGAAGUAAAGUGAGGAACAAUUAAAUAAAAGCAAGACUGUUACAGGAAUACAAUAGUUUCGAUGUAUUUGAACGAAUAAUCCAUAAAAAAACUUAAUUACAGUUUAGUAACUGAUUAUAAGAAAUUUUUCUCUUUUAUCUUUUUAUUUACUUACAUCUGUUACUUCCGAUAGAGCAUAGGCGGCCAUCGAUCAGAUUUAUUUGCCUAUCUUAAGUUUACCUCCUAUUAGUUUUAAUAUGACACAUUUUACAUGGUAUGUACUCCGAAUGGAAUGUAUAUUUUUAGGAUAAUAAAAUGAAAAUGAAUAGAAAAAAAACGUAAAUAGAUUACUCCCAUCUUUUAUUUUUAAUGAUAAUUUAUAGAAUAUCUGAAAUGAAUAUAUUGUUUUUGUUAAGUUGUACAAAUGAAUUGUUGGUUAACGUUUUUUUAGCGAGUUAUUUUUCUACGGGGUGGGGUCACUAACCCCAUGCCCAACCCUCCUCUUUUAUCCGGGUUUGGGACCGGCAGUAGCCCCAGCGGGGCUCCAGGUGGAAUUACAAAUAAAUUGUUACUAUGGUUUAAUUAAUGACUAUUAGUCCAGUUACAAAAAUAUAUCUCCAUUCAAAGUUAACAAUUACUCAAUUUCAUUAAAAGUGAUUUUUUUUAUAUUUUUUAAAAAUCUUUAUGUUGAAUUUCACUAUAUGAUCAGUGUAAUCGUUGACUUUAUUUAUGGAAAUUUGUCUAAUUUAUUUAAAUGAAUGUCAGCUGUGACGUUUUAUGCUCAUCAGAUAAUUUUAAGAAGUGACUUGAAUUAUUUUGUGUGAACCGUUGAAUUCAAAAAUCAAAGUGGUCUAAACUGUCAUACUAGAUGUGCGACUUUUAGCUGACCAAUUUCAUGUUAAUUUAUGCAUUUAUCAACGAGAGGCCGAUUGUUUUGUUACAGAUCUUAUACUAC